AUGACUACUAAAAAUUUAGGCCCAUGCAAUGUUUUAAAUUGUGAAGCAAAAGAUGUUAAAUUUAGAAGAUUCACCAAAUAUGGUUCAAAAAAUGCUAAAAAUCACGGCACAUAUGAGGAUUAUAAUUACCUUGAAAUUAAUGAUCAACUUU